AUGAGCUUAAGGGCCUAUGUUAGAGAACAUGAUCGGUUGUUUUUGGUGUACGAUUAUAUUGCCAGUGGGAGCUUGGAGGAUGCAAUGAAGAGGGUGAGGUCAGGUCAAUUGAGCCUUGGAUGGGAUGCAAGACAUCGGAUUGCAGUUGGCAUUGUGAAAGGGUUGAGGUAUUUGCACCUUGAGUGUAGCCCAAGGAUCUUGCAUCAUAGGUUGAAGCCAGGGAAUAUGAUUUUGGAUGUGGGUUUUGAACCGAGAUUGGGGGAUUGUGGAUUGGGGGGAUUGCUUCCUGCUCGAGUCGAUGCUUUGGGUUGUGAGUGUUAUGCUGAUCCAGAGUGCUUCCAGAGUUGCAGGUAA